AUGGAUCAGAGUAUGUUUGAGUAAUUUGGGGGUGAUGGGUCGAUAUCAGAUUUGAUAGAUUAAUUUUAUUAUAAGGUGUUAUUCGAUCAAAGUUUGAGAAGCAUGUUUUUAAAAGCAGACAUGACUAGAGUCAGAUUGUAAUAAAAGACCUUUUUCGCUUAAAUGUUCGGUUGCAUUCACACCAAAUACACUGGAAAAUCUAAUAGAAGUGCAUAAGAAUUUGAGCAUAACUGA